GGUUUUGUUUCUAUGGGCGGAGUUUUCUAUUCUACUUAACAAGAAGUGGUGCAGAUAUCACAGGUCGGUGAAAACACGCUGCUGCAUGAGAAGAGUGGAUAUCCAACGGCAGAGAGCAUCGAUGGAGCGUAGGGAUAUUUAGCGAUUUACCUGGGAAACACGCAGAUUCAGGUUCGCACGUAUGGUAUUCGUCCAUUGUCUGAUACUCUCUCCAGUGGAACGUGAGCUGAUUGCUCCGACUAAAAGUAUUCCAUGUCUUUCUUCUGCCCCGUCAUUGAUGGGAAAUCAACUGGAUCGGAUCACCCACCUGAAUUACAGCGAGCUACCCACGGGGGAUCCAUCGGGGAUAGAGAAGGACGAACUGAGGGUCGGAGUAGCUUAUUUCUUCUCUGAUGAAGAGGAAGAACUGGACGACAGAUCGCAGUCGGACAAUUACAAAGACCAGAGCCCGAGCAAGGACGGUCACGUAGUCCUGAACGAGAUCGAGUACUCCGCUUUCUGUUGCCAGGAAUGUAUUUUCUCCAAAUUAAGAGAAAACGAAGAUCUGAAUAUUUACUCGGUGAAAACUUUGCUUACCAUGAGCAAGCCCGGGGACCUACUGGAACUUGUCGCCAACGAUCAGGCGCCGCAUUGGGCGAUUUAUGACAGGAACGACCAAGUCAUACACUUGCACAAAGGCGAAAUUCGCAAGGACAGCCUUUUUGAGAUAAGCAACGGGCGCCUGGGCAGGAUAGCGAAUAACCGUUACAGAUACAGACCGCUUCCGGCCGAUCUGGUGGUGCAGAAUGCCAGCGGGCAUUUAGGACUGAGCAGCGGGGAGAUUUGCUGGACAAACUCAGAAAGUUUUGCAGCUUGGUGCAGGUUUGGAAAGCGGGAGUUCAAAGCCGGCGGGGAGGUACACACCGCCGAACAGCAGUAUUUCCUGAAGGUUCACCUCUCCGAAAACAACGUGCAUACGCUGGUGUUUCGCAGCCUGGAGGAUUUAAUAAGAGAGAGACGCAAGGUGGACGCCAGCGGAAUUCUGAAGGAGCUAUCUUUAGUUAACGGAAAGGAGUAAGAGUAUUGUUCUGUUAUAAUUCCCCCUUUAAAUAUGAACCUGUUGGGACUUGCAUGCCUUCGACAAGGGCUGCUCCCUAACUUGCGUAGGGUGUGAUUCUGUUCCAGAAAAAAGAACAUAAAAUAAAAAUAAAAACGAAACGUUCCUUGUUUGAAUGGGUAGCUCUCACCGGAGUUCUUACCGAUGCCCUAAAAUUCACCUUGUACCUUUAAACACAUAGCACACAUCUAGCUACUUAGAAUAUUGACAUUUUCAGCUCUGCAUACCUGCCCUGCCGUUGCAGAUGGUGCCUAUUUCACACUGCCCGUGGUUGUCAGCGAGCAUUGUCAAUGUAUUUUUUUACUCGUAGCUUUAUUAUAGCAGAAAAAAGCAUUUGAUCAAAACGUAAAUUCCGUAUAAUUUAUAGUUACGACUCCAAAAAAACCACGGGCAGUAUAUGUUUACGCAAACUGUAAACAAAGAAUUGAUGAUUGCAAUCGUAGGUUUUUAUGAUUUUAUAUUAUUUAUUUAUUUUUUUUUACGUUUUGCUCUGGUGUCAAAAGACCUGUCCAUUUGCUCUGUUCUGGAUGCCAUAUUUUUGUAUUCGAGUAAGUAGUAUAUCCCUUGUUUCAUUUUAAAUAAACGUAGUCUACGAUAUUAAACGAUUAUGCUCUGCUAGCCCUUGCUUGUGUUUUCACAGUGCAGAAAGCAAUCAAUUAAGCUACGCUACCUCAGUGAGUGCACGUGCUGAGUGAAACACGUACGUAACGCAAUGCUUCGGAAAAUUGCGAUUCAUUUGAUUAGACAAUAAUCUACACCAGAAAUCGCUACAGCGGUUUACGUUACGGUGCAGACUUCUUUGUGCAGGGUACGUAGCGCCAGUGACAAUUUGUUGAUGCAACUCGUGCGUAAAGCCAAGAAAUGUUUUGUCCUCUGGGGUUUCCAAAGGGACUAAGGGUUAUUUUCUUUCCUGUAACGAAUGAAUGCUCCUCCUAAUCUGCAUUCUGUUAGAACACCCACAUAUAUUACGACCAGAUUAAUAAAAAAAUAUGGUGUCCGUUGA